AUGGUAGGAUCGGUGUUAUCCCGCAAGGAUUUGGAUAAGGUGAUAGAAGGGCAGGAUGCCGUGAUAAAUUGCCUCGGACCGCACCUCUUGUUCAAUAAUAAUGAUAUUGACAUAUGUAGUCGAUCCCAACAACUUAUAAUAGAUUCCAUGAUAAAUCAUGGGGUACGAAGGUUAAUCGUUGUCAGCACACAAGGGGUCGGUGACUCUAGCGUAAACAUUAGUUCCACGCAAAAGUUCUUUGGUAGGUUAUUCUCCGGAAAGAUCUUGGAUGAUAAGGAGAUGCAGGAAAAGAUAAUAAUGAAAUAUUCCGAUCAACUCGAUUGGACGAUUAUAAGGCCCGGUAAAUUGAGUAAUGGAAAUUUGACCAAUAAAUGGAGGUUAAAUGAUAAAUUAACAUUUACAAAGAUUAGCAGAGCAAAUGUUGCCUGUUUCAUUAUGAAAGAGUUGAGAAAUUCGGAUUGGUUACAAAUGGCUCUCACGAUAUCCGGGUGA